AUGUAUUCGUAUGGUAUGAAGACAACGAUUGAAAAUGAUUUUGAUAAAUUUAUAAAAGAGCUAACUUCCGAUGAAAGUGUCGAUGAAGAAAAUAAAGAUAUAGGUAUUUCUGUCGAAGAUGUUCUUGCUCACCAAAAGAAACAAAAAGCGCUGGAAAAAGAACGAAAAUUAAGACAAGCUAAGGUGCAAAAACAACGUGAAGAAGCAAGACAGAAAAUUCGUGAUAAAUAUAAUAUCAAGAAGACAGAUGACCUCUCCACGCCAGCUCACAGUGACGCGACGACGUCAUUGGAUGAAAACAACGCAAGAGCAGCGCAUCAAGUAUCCAAUGUAGAGAAUCAGGAUGCAACUCAUCAACCAAUUGACGAAUAUUCUCGUAUUGAGCAAAUUUCUGGAGAAGUUGCAGCAGCUAACAGUCGAAUUGUUGCUGAUACUCAAGGUGACCAAGCAAUUCUUGUAACUGAUGCAAAUACUCGAUCGGCUGCUAUUGAAGAAAAACAUAAACUUAAAAUAAAGCAGUUUGCUGAAGAAUUUGAUGUAGUUAAAGCAUAA